UUUCAGCAUAUCCACGGAGACCCCUGGGCCGUUGUUAUGACUACAGCAACAGGCGGCUUUCUUGGUCUGAUAUAGGGGGGUCUGUCAACAGACCUGCCUUGCCUCCUUUCUCGCGCGAUCGCAAUCGCAGCUUGCACAAUGCAGGCAGGCUCCGUCUUCUGCCGGGAUCCUGCGAAGUUGGCGGCCGAGCAGCAGGGGGUGUAUUCGUCGCUGCCGCCUCCUCCUCCUCCUCCUCCUCCUCUCUUUUUCAGUGCCCUUCGGGCCAAUCGGCACAAGACAAAGGCGCGCAGGAAGAGCCGAGCGAGUCCCAUCUCCGCCUGCCCUUUCCUCAGUGACUCCGCGGCGUAAACACAACCAAGAGGUCGCCUCGUGCGCGCUGGAGAGUAGCCCGGCCAGGAGGAUGGCAAGCAGGCGGCCAGGCGCAGCGAUGGCGGGGAUCGUCUUGGCGCUCUGGUCCCUCUGGUGCCCUGCUGCGCUCGCUGCCAGAGCUUCUUCCCUCGACGACGACGCCGCCCCCGAAGCGCGCAGUCUCCAGCCGCCCUACUUCAACUUGGCGGAGACAGCCAGCAUUUGGGCUACAGCCACCUGCGGCCGGGACGAGAGCGGGAGGCCCCGCCGGGAGCUCUACUGCAAGCUAGUGGGGGGCCCUGCCGCUUUCCCCGCGGGGCAAGCCAUCCAGGGCCAGUUUUGUGAUUAUUGCAAUGCUGCUGAUCCCAACAAAGCUCACCCAGUAACCAAUGCUAUCGAUGGGACAGAACGCUGGUGGCAAAGUCCUUCCCUCUCCUUGGGACUGAAGUAUGAUGAAGUCAAUAUCACUUUAGAUCUAGGACAGUUGUUUCAUGUGGCCUAUGUCCUCAUCAAAUUUGCAAAUUCUCCUCGUCCAGAUCUAUGGGUAUUGGAAAGAUCAGUAGACUUUGGAAGAACAUACACACCAUGGCAAUAUUUCGCUUAUUCUAAGGCAGACUGUUGGGAACAUUUUGGGAAGGAGGCUAAUGUUCGUGUUAGAAGGGACGAAGAUGUCAUUUGCACCACAGAAUAUUCUCGAAUCGUGCCUUUAGAAAACGGUGAGAUUGUGAUAUCCUUGGUAAAUGGUCGUCCAGGAGCAAAUAACUUCACCCACUCUCCCGCACUUAGAGAAUUUACGAAGGCAACAAAUAUCCGUUUACAUUUCAUGAGAACCAAUACACUUCUUGGACACUUGAUAUCUAAAGCUCAACGGGACCCCACAGUGACACGCAGAUACUACUACAGUAUAAAAGACAUCAGCAUUGGUGGACAGUGUGCUUGCCAUGGACAUGCUGAUGUCUGUGAUGCAAAAAGUGACCCAAGUCCAUACAGGUACCAAUGUGCAUGUCAACACAAUACUUGUGGAGAAACUUGUGAUCAUUGCUGCCCUGGAUAUAAUCAGAAACAAUGGCAAACUGCAACAGCCAGCAGCACAAAUCCGUGUGAACCCUGCAACUGCCAUGGACAUGCUAGUGACUGCUAUUAUGACCCUGAGGUUGAGCAACGUAAAGGGAGCUUGAAUAUCUAUGGACAGUAUCAAGGCGGAGGGGUCUGCAUUGAUUGUCAGCACAACACAGCUGGAGUGAAUUGUGAGAAAUGUUUGAAUGGUUACUAUCGACCUUAUAGCAUUCCAGUGACAGCAACCAAUGGAUGUAUACCCUGUAGCUGUAACCCAGAACAUUCCAGGGGCUGUGAGGACGGAUCAGGUCACUGUUAUUGUAAGCUGAAUUAUCAGGGUGAGAAUUGUGACCACUGUGCUGAAGGAUACCAUGGUUUUCCAUUCUGUUACAGAAUUCCAGUUUAUCCUGUUGCUACUCCAAGCUCAGAAGACCCAUCAGCUGGUCAAAUAGUUGCUUGCCAGUGUCAUGGCUCAGGAGUGUUACAAGAUGGCGACUGUGACAGAAGAACCGGACAGUGCAGAUGCCGUGCUGGAUUUCAGGGCAUUGCCUGUGACAGCUGUGCAGUGGGGUAUUUCCAUUACCCUUUCUGUCAAAUGUGUGAGUGCAAUUCAGCUGGCACACGCUCUGAAAUAUGUGACUUAUUUGGGAGAUGCCUCUGUCGCUUUGAGGUCGAAGGCCUACAGUGCAACAGCUGCCGCCCUGGGUACCAUUCUUUCCCUUUCUGUCAAGAGUGUAACUGCGAUGCAGCUGGAUCUGGGGAGUACGCAUGUGGCCCUCGGGGUCAUUGUCUUUGCCAUACAAACUAUGCUGGGCCGAGAUGUGACCAAUGUGCUCCUGGUUAUUACAGCUAUCCCAACUGCUUGCCUUGUCAGUGUUCCACCUAUGGCUCCUACCAGGGCACAUGUGAUCCAGGAUCAGGGCAGUGUGAUUGUCGACCAGGUGUUACAGGUCAACAGUGUGACAGAUGUCUAUCCACAGCCAACCACUUUCCUCAUUGCCAAGGAGUUAGCAAUGAAUGUGACCCUGCUGGUACCAUUGAUUUCUCUUCUGGCUUUUGCCAAUGUCUUCAGAAUGUAGAAGGUCCAAACUGUAGCAUCUGCAAACCACUUUACUGGAAACUGGCAGGAGAAAACCCUGAUGGAUGUGUAGAGUGCCAGUGUUAUGCAGCUGGAACGCUGAGUGGAGUCAGAGAGUGUAAGCAGGUGGAUGGUGAAUGUUACUGCAAACCCAAUGUUUGUGGAGAUGCCUGUGAUACUUGUGAAGAUGGUUAUUAUGGUCUGAAAGACAGGAAUUAUUUUGGAUGUCAAGGAUGCCAGUGUGAUGUGGGAGGUUCAGUAAGUCCUGUGUGCAAUUAUUUGUCAGGUGCUUGCCAGUGCAGAAGGCACAUAGUGGGAAAGUCCUGCAAUGAACCUGAAGGGAACUACUAUUUUCCUGAUCUACAUCACAUGAAGUAUGAAAUUGAAGAUGGUACUACUCCUAAUGGAAGAGCCGUCCGGUUUGGUUACGCUCCUCAAGAAUUUCCUGGCUUUAGCUGGCGAGGUUAUGCACAGAUGUCCUCUAUACAACCAGAGGUGGUAGUACCUGUCACUGUGGCUUCUCCUAAGCUCUUCCACCUAGUACUGCACUAUGUCAGCUUGGUUUCAAAAAGCUCUAAAGGGAGGAUCUCAAUUGCUGAGGAAAAGCAUUUUUGUCCUAAUAACACUUGUAACCAGAGCAAAGAAAUUGUGUUCCCACCCAGUAGAGAGCCAGCUUUUGUAACUGUCCCAGGAAAGAGCUUUGCAGAUCCAUUUUCACUUGCCCCUGGAACCUGGAUUUUUAAGUUAAUGGCAGAGGGAGUCCUUCUGGAUUACCUGGUACUCUUACCUAGUGACUACUAUGAAGCACCCCUCUUGCAGUUACCAGUUACAGAGCCUUGCACAUACUCAGGACAUACCACAAGAGAGAAUUGUUUACAGUAUCAACAUUUGCCGCUGGACAGAUUUUCUUGUGUACUUAGUUCAGGAAUCACAUUUUUCUUACAACGAGGAGAGUACAGGAAAGUAGCUUUUCAACAGCCAACAGCCAAGCAUCCAAUGAUGUCACAUAUCAGUGGCCAAGAGGUGGAACUGCAAAUAAGACUCAAUGUUCCCCAAGUUGGCCGCUAUAUGAUAGUCGUUGAGUAUGCUAAUGAACAGGAUCAAAUGUAUGUCGCUAAUGUGAAGAUUAACAGUCCUGAGCAAAUGAUGGAGGAAAGAAUUCAUAUAUACAGCUGCAAAUAUAGCUUCCUGUGUCGCAGUGUCAUAGUUGACAAUAUGAAUCGUGUUGCCAUUUAUGACCUUUUGGCUGAUGCAAAUUUACAUCUUAGGGCAUCAUCAAUAAAUAUUCUUCUGCACAAAAUCUGUAUUGUUCCGGCAGAAGACUUUGCUCUGGAGUAUGUGGAACCUAAGGUCCACUGUAUUGCCACUUAUGGCAAUUCAGCUGAUUCAAGUGCUUCAUGUGUCCCGUCACAAUAUAAAGCAUCUCCUGUAGCCUUGGUAUUAGAUGCUUUGAGGGAUGGAAAGGUUGCAGAAGUGCAAAGAAAUGUGGCUUAUCAGGAGUCGCAGAGUUCUCCUUUACCAUCUGCUCACCCAGCUAAUGGAGUGACUUUGACAUCUUCACAGAACCAAAUUAUGCUGAAAGGGAGGGUGGCCCGCUUAGGAAGAUAUGUGUUUGUCAUGCAUUUUUACCAGCAAGAAAGCCCAACGUUUCCUGUCCAUGUAAUUGUGGAUGGAGGACUCCUCUGGUCAGGUUCUUAUAACGCUACCUUUUGUCCUCAUACGUCUGGAUGUCGGGAUCUAGUGAUGGCAGAAAAUCAAAUUGAACUUGACAUCACUGAACAUGAUAUCUCAGUAACUGUGAAAAUUCCAAAUGGAAAAACAUUGACUUUAGAACGUGUCCUGGUUGUUCCAGCAGACAGCUACAGUUACACACUUCUUCAUAAAGACACUGUGGACAAGUCAUUUGAUUUCAUCAACCAAUGUGGUAGAAACAGUUUUUACAUUAACCCUGUAACUUCUUCAGAAUUCUGUAGAAGUUCUGCAAGGUCACUAGUGGCCGCCUACAACAAUGGGGCACUGCCAUGCAAUUGCCACAGAAAUGGUGCCACUAGCCCUACUUGCAAUCCUCUAGGGGGACAGUGCAACUGCAAGCCUAGCAUCAUUGGACGUCGCUGUACCAGAUGCCAAACUGGCUAUUACGGAUUUCCAUUUUGUCGGCCAUGCAGCUGUGGGCGACGCCUUUGUGAUGACAUUACUGGAAAAUGUAUUUGUCCCCCUCAAACCAUUAAGCCCAGAUGUGAAGUGUGUGUGAGGCAGCACUUCAGCUACCAUCCCCUCGCUGGUUGUGAGGGAUGCAAUUGCUCAAGCCAAGGAAUUGUUAAUGCAGCAAAUCCAGAGUGUGAUAAAAUCGAUGGGCAGUGCAGAUGCCGCUCGGGAAUCACAGGUCGACGGUGUGAUCGAUGUGCUCCUGGUUCGUACGGCUUUCCAGACUGUAAACCCUGCAAAUGUAACAGAGGAGGAACUGAACUUGAUGUUUGCCAUCCACAGACAGGCAUUUGCCUCUGUAAGGAGAAUGUUGAAGGUAUACAAUGUGACAUGUGCCGCUCUGGAUCAUUUAAUUUGGACUCUGCUAAUCCAAAGGGUUGCACCAGUUGUUUUUGUUUUGGAGCAACCAAUAAUUGUCUCAGUACAAAUAAACACAGAGUUAAGUUUGUUGAUAUGAGGAACUGGCAUCUGAAAGCUGUGGAUAAUGGCAUGAGCAUCCCUACCACUUUCAACCCUGGCAGCAACACUGUUGUUGCUGAUGUUCAAGAGUUGCCUCCCUCUGUGCACAAUUUGUACUGGGUGGCACCGCCAUCUUACUUGGGAGAAAAGCUUUCUUCAUAUGAUGGAUACUUGAGUUAUCAGGUGAAAUCCUUUGGCCUACCUAGUGAAGGAAUGACUCUACUGGAAAAAAGACCUGAUGUGCAAUUAACUGGACAGCAAAUGAAAAUAAUCUAUGUGGAUUCUAAUAAUCCUUUGCCUGACAGGCAGUAUUACGGUUCAGUUCAGCUAACUGAGAGAAACUUCAGACAUGCAAGCAGCAAUAACCUGGUAUCUCGAGAAGAGAUGAUGAUGGUCCUGUCUAGACUAGAUGGAUUACAAAUCAGAGGGCUUUACUUCACAGAAACUCAGCGGUUAACCUUGGGCGAGGUUGGACUGGAAGAAGCCACCAGGACAGGAAGUGGAAAUGUUGCUUAUAAUGUGGAGAAAUGCUCCUGCCCUCCUGAAUAUGUGGGUGACUCAUGCCAGGAAUGCAGCCCUGGAUUUUAUCGUGAGAACAAAGGCUUAUUCACAGGACGGUGUGUUCUUUGCAACUGUAAUGGAAAUGCAAAUAGAUGUCUGGACGGCUCUGGAACUUGUAUUAACUGUCAGCAUAAUACUGCCGGGGAGAAGUGUGAACGUUGUAAAGAAGGUUACUAUGGAGAUGCCAUUCAAGGGAACUGUAGGGCAUGUCGCUGCCCUUCUACAAACAGUUUUGCUACUGGCUGUGUGGAAAAUGGUGGAGAAAUUCAAUGCUUUUGCAAAGAAGGUUAUACUGGAGUGCAUUGUGAAAGCUGUGCUCCUGGAUAUUUUGGAAAUCCACUAAAAUAUGGAGGAUACUGUCAAAAGUGUAAUUGCCCCGAUAAUGGUCAGCUUGUGAACUGUGAUCGUCUGACAGGGGAAUGCAUAAGUCAAGAACCGAAAGAUAUAGAUCCUCAUGAAGAUUGUGAUCCUUGUGAUAGCUGUGUAAUUACUUUGCUGAAGGAUUUGAGUACAAUGGGGAACGAGCUCUAUCUGAUUAAGUCCCAGAUGCAAAAUGUCAAUGCCAGCGCCCACGCACUGGGGCAGAUGAAGCAACUGGAAGACCGUACCAAGCAGCUGAAGAUUCUGUUGAACAACUAUCGUUCCAUUAUUACAACUCAGGACCCCAAAGUGGAUGAAUUGGAGACAGAUAUGAUGGACCUUAAUCAAAAUGUUAAUGCUCUAAAAGAAAAGGCUGAAAGUAAUUACAAGAAAGCAGAGACACUUUUCGAUACUUUCAGUAAGACCAACCAAAGGGGGAAAGACUUGAUUUCAAAGAUACAGAGUCUUGAGAUUAAUAUUAAAGUUCUCCUGGACCAGAUGGCUCAUACUUUUGGGGAAGGAACUGAUGUGCCCUCAGGAGAUGUUGCCAAAGAGCUGGCUAAAGCUCAGCAAAUGAUAAACGAGAUGCGAAACCGCAACUUUGGCCAACAGCUCACCGAAGCAGAGGAGGAGAAAAAAGCAGCCCAGCUUUUGCUGGAGCGUGUAAAGAGUGAACUUCAAAAGCACCAGGAGAGAAACCAGAGACUUAUUAAAACUAUAAGGGAUUCAUUAAAUGAAUAUGAAUCCAAAUUGAAUGACCUUGAUGAAUCUUUGAAAGAAGCAAAGGAACAAACCAAACUGGCUGAAGGUUUAAAUGGAGAGAACAAACUCCGGUUGGAAGAUAUUAAGAGACGGACUGAAGAGAUGAUUAAGCAACAGAACAAUAUCUUGGAUCGUCUGAGUUCCGCUGAAGCAUCCUUGUCUCAAGCAAACAGUAUAUUUGGAUUGCUGCAGAGGAGUAAAGAGGAAUAUGAAAAUUUGGCUGCCCAGUUGGACGGAGCAAGGAAGGAUCUCAGUGAAAAACUGAAAAGCCAUUCUUUGUCAGCCAAGAAGGAGCCUCUGGUGGUGAGAGCAGAAGAACAUGCCAGUUAUUUACAAGACUUGGCAAGACAAUUAGAUGAGAUCAUGAAAAAUGCCAGUAAUUAUAAACAGGUGACCUGUGCUGUGGAAGCUGCUACUGCCUAUGAGAACAUUAUUAAUACCAUCAAAGCAGCAGAAGCAGCAGCCAACAGAGCAGGAAGUGCUGCAGAUUCAGCUUUAUCAACAAUGGAGAGCAAAGACCUGGCAGGAAGGGCCAAGAGACUGAAGACCAACAGUGGCGAUCUAUUAAAUCAAGCACAGGCAGCAGAGAAGAAAUUACAGGAAGUCAGUCCAGCCCUUGCAGAUAUAAAGAGAGAACUUGCAGAUGCUGAGAGCAAAAAAAAAGAGAUACAGGGAGACCUUCUAACUUUCCAAAAUAGCAUCCAGGGGAUAAACAGAGAUGAGACAGUGAGCUUGAUCACCAGUGCAAAAAACAUGGUUCAAAAUGCCAAUGAUAUUACUGCUAAUAUAUUAGAUGAACUGAAUCCAAUUAAAACAGAUGUUGAAAAUAUAAAGGGUUCGUAUGAAAGGACAUCUAGUGCCGACUUCAACAAGGCUUUGACAGAUGUAAACAAUUCAGUAAACAACUUGACAAAUAUCCUCCCGGGUCUGUUUGACAAAAUUACGAGCAUCAACCAACAACUAAUGCCGAUCGGUAACAUAUCUGAGAAUCUCAACCGCAUCAGAGAGCUCAUCCAGCAGGCUAGAGAUGCUGCAAACAAGGUUGCUAUUCCCAUGAGAUUCAAUGGCAGUUCUGGGGUUGAGGUUCGACCUCCAGACAUUCUUGAUGAUCUAAAGGGCUAUACUUCCCUUGCUUUCUUCCUUCAAAGACCCCUCUCAAGGUUGGACAGCCCACGGCGGCAGACGUCCAACAUGUUUGUCAUGUACCUGGGUAACAAAAAUAGUUCCAAAGAUUAUAUAGGCAUGGCUGUUCGAGAUGGUCGACUUCUUUGGGCCUACAGCCUAGGAGGCAACACAGCUGAAGAAGAAGUGCUUGAACCAGUGUACGAGAGUGACACCAAGGACGCAGUUAUGGAUCAUGUGAAGUUUGAGAGAAUAUACCAGUAUGCAAACUUGGAUUACGUUAAGGGUGCAACCUCUUCUGCACCGUCAAACCUAGGAACUUCUUAUACAGAUGCUGGGAGCAGUCACACUCUUCUCAAUCUGGAUCCUGAUGAUGUAGUUUUCUAUGUUGGAGGAUACCCAGCAGAUUUUACACCUCCUAGUACACUAGACUACUCUCAUUAUGAGGGCUGCAUUGAAUUAGAUAGCAUAAAUGAGAGAGUUGUCAGCCUGUAUAAUUUCAAGAGGACUUUCAAUCUCAAUACCACUGAAGUGCAACCAUGCAGGAGAUAUAAAGAACAGUCUGUCAAGAAGUAUUUUGAAGGCACGGGCUAUGCACGUCUUAAUGCUCCUUCUCCAAACAGAACUAUUUCCCGCCGAUACACUCAAACUAUUCAAACCACUUCAGAUGAAGGACUGGUGUUUUUCGCAGAAAACAAAGAUAAUUUCAUUAGUGUGAGGAUUGAAAAAGGCUAUCUUAUAUUAAGGUACAAAGUCAAUUCACAGGCUCCAGAAGAAAUAAGAAGUAGAAGGAUUGUAAAUAGUGGGAAAGAUCAGCAAGCUGAUUUACUUAUUACAGCGAAAACUUUGGCUUUGAUUACAGGAGCACAAGUAGUAGAAGCAAACACAGGAACAUUUACCUUUGAUUCAUAUUACUUGGGCGGAAUCCCAACCGCUUUAAGGGAACGCUUUAAUAUAUCCACACCUCCAUUUCAUGGGUGCAUGUCGUCUAUAAAAGCCAUGGGGUCUUUCCCUACCUAUUUGGAGACCCUUGGUUUCAGCAAUAAAUGUCCGGAUGAUUGGAAGCUUGUGAGAGCUGCAAGUUUUUCCAAGAAUGGAGUACUUGAUUUGAGUGAUGAUGGUUUCCCAUUUCCCAAUGAUUUCCAAGUCGGAUUUGCCUUUCACACAUUGGUCCUUGAUGGAACAUUAUUACAUUACAAUUUAUGGCCUGAUGUACUUACUGUCCUCCUGAGAAAUGGCUCUAUAAUUCUUCAGCUAGCUAAUGAAGAAAGGCAGUCCAGCAAAAGAUAUGGAGAUGGCUCAAUGCAUUAUGUAACAGUGAUGCAAAGAGAAAACAAGCUAAAGUUGCUGGUUGAUGAUGUGUCUGAGUCAAGAAUAGAUGAUGUAUUGGGAAGAAGAACAAGGGAAGGAACAUUGAGUACACCAAUAGUACUGGGUGGGAAUAAUUUUGAAGGCUGCAUUUCCAAUGUCUUCAUUCAAAGGGGUCCUCAUCCUCAAAUACAGAAUCUAACUGGAUUUAUUAACAAGACUGGUGUGUCCUUAGGAUCUUGUAGAAUAAAGAAGCAACCACGGCUGAUGCUGCUGAAAGAUUUAACAGGCGCUUACCACCCAAAGGUCUUGAAGAAGAAAAAAAACAUUGCCUACUUGACGGAUGAAAGUGUGCAGCAGAACACCAAGGGCUGUGCUUUUCAUGCUCCAUUAAAUAUCGUCACUGAAGCUUAUCACUUUGGCAAUACUCCAGGCACUCAUUUGUUGUUUACGUCUUCCCAAACAUCACAGAGAGAUAGGUCCCAUUUUGCCGUUGAUGUAUGGACAUCAUCGUCUAGAGGACUGAUUUUCUUCACAGGAGACCAGCUGGAGAACAGAUACAUGGCUCUCUAUCUUACAAAAGGACGCUAUGUCUUUUUACUUGGUGCUGAUGGGAAGAAGAUAAAAAUCAAAAGCAAAGCCAAAUACAACGAUGGACAGUGGCAUACUGUGGCAUUUAGUAGAGCUGGAAAAAAAGUGCGUCUUGUGGUUGAUGGUUUGAAGGCUCGAGAAGGAAGCGUACCACAUAAUUACUCCAUCAAGACUGAGUCACCAAUCUACCUAGGAGGUGUCCCUUCAUUAAAAGUGCAGAAUGUACCAAGAAAGAGUUUUAUUGGUUGCCUGAGAAACUUUAAUGUGGGAGGAAAGCCCAUCCAUACUUACCAUCAGAAUAGUGGUGUUCUGCCAUGUUUAGAUAACACUUUGGAGGAGGGGAUCUCUUUCUUCAAUGAAGGAGGACAUAUUGUCAUUGAAAACACCUUUUUGAUGAGCUUGGAAUAUAGGAUCAUAUUUCACAUUCGUCCAAGGAGCCUGACUGGCAUUUUAAUCCAUACUGGCACCAACCAAAGGAACUAUUUAACUGUUUACAUGGAAGGAGGCGUGCUCACUGCCUCUGGAAAUAAUGGCGCUGGAGAAUUCUUGACGUCAGUUACACCCCAGCAGUCACUGUGUGAUGGUAAAUGGCACUCCAUAGCAGUAACACAUAAGCAGAACAUUGUGCACCUAGAUGUGGAUACACAAAGUAACUACACUGCUGGACCAUCAACUAUCCUUUCGACUAGCCCUUCUCAACCACUUUAUUUUGGGAGAGUUCCAGUUAAUUUGGAAACACCGUGGCUUCCUGUUCAGGACAUGUUCCUUGGCUGUCUUAAGGAUGUUAAAAUCAAUGACAAACCUGUCUUAAUCAGCAAAAUUUCAGACAUUCAUGGUGUUGUUAGCUUACAAGGAUGCCCUAUCAAUUAGCUGCCUAAUUUGUACCUCCUCAGGGUGAAGUCAUCUAAUGUACUGUAUGAAUUGCCACAAUAUGGUUUCAUCUCCUCUUGGUUCUAUGUUGUUCUUGCCAUGUGUGUCCAACAUGGUGUAAGGAUGUAUGUUUUUCAGAAUUGUGGGCUGUGCUGCCAUUGUUGAGACUUUGUGAACUGAGUUUUGCUUUUCAGUGUACAAUUAACCGUGUGAGGGAGCCAUGUGAAAUACAAAAUGCUGUUCUUAUAUACUAUAAUCUAGUGAGAUUCUGCUCUCAGGCACAGUGAUGCAUAACCUGAGCAAUUGCAUUGACAUAACCGCUCAGUCUUGAGGCUCCUGACAAGAUGAGCAUUGCCCAAAUUAGAACUGGAGGACUUUUCAAUUGCAAGCAGAGUCUGACCUUGUAGACAGAAUUUUAUAAAACUAGAAAGUGUUGGCUGCUGAACCAGUUCUUUUAUAUUGAAGUGUGAAUUACAUAAUGACAAAAAAUAAUAUAAAUGGAGUAUAAAGCACUUUAAAAAGAGUGGAAACCCAGAGGUGACUGUUUAAAGAGUUUUAUGACCAAAUAAAUGCAAUAUGCUUUUUAAAAACAUUUUGUAUGCUUAUUGUGGUCAUACAUGGCCACAUUUCCAUCAGCUUUAAUUAAAAAAGGAGCUUUGGUUGACUAUGGACAAUUAGUUUAGGCCCAUUAUUGUACAGGCACGGCAAUGCCUUGUAGGUCAGGUGAGGUAUAAAACUGUAUUCCAACAUAAUAAGCUCUUUAACAGUACAGUCUUUUGCAUGUUUCUUCCCCUGUUGUACUGUUCAUUUUCAUUCUCUCUCUCACACACACACUCUCUCUCACAUGAAUAAUGGGGGAAAUCCCUGAAGAAAAGGGAGAAAUUAUGGAAAUAUCUUUGAAAAAGCAGGGUGCAGUGGUGGGGAGGAGAAUACUGAAACAAUCCCUGUAAAAAAUCAGGGAAAAAUAAUAAUGGAAAUAUACCUAAUUCAAAUGCAUGGAAAUAACAGAAAGGUCUUUUUUAAAAGUGUGGGGGAAGGAAUAAUGGAGAAAAUCUUUUUAAAGAGAGAUAUUAAACUCUUUCCCUGCCCAGCACACACAUUGUACUCGUGUAACUUUGCCAUUAUCCACAUCAUCCCAUUUAUUCUGUGUAUGCUCGAGUUUGUGUCUCCUGCUGACAGCUUUUACAAAGUAACUAGCAGACCCGGCGCAUAUGCGCUUUCCUUCCCCUGCUGGCAUUCGCCUUCUCUCACCUUUCCCUCGUUGCCCGCUAGGAGCACUUUCCUUCCCUGCCGGGCGCCUAGCCAGGCUCCUCUCGGUAGCGCAGCUCCCGUUCUUGCCUUUCCCUCUCCACCCACCAGCGUUUUCCCUCCCCACCAGGCAUGGCACGGCUCUGUCGCUCGCCUCCUCUCAACUUUCCGUCCCUGCCGGCCAGCAGUGCUUUCCUUCCCCCACCACCACUUUCUCCCCGCUCCUCCCGGCAGCCAGGCCAGGGCUGCCCUCCUCCUCAGCCCGACGGGCAAAGGCCAUCGGCCAUCCGCUUCCUCCUAACCUUCGCCGCCCGCCCUAACCCUAACCCCCUCGCCACCCACCCCACAACCUUCUGAGCUAGUUUGCUUCUCCCCCUGCCUCUCUGCAAGUGUUCCUUGCAAGAGUUUGGUGGCUCUUGCGAGUUUCCCCCCAUGCAUUCCCCUUCAUCCACGCAUGGACCGUCUUAGUGAAAUAAAUAUUUCAGGGAGGUUUAAUUGUAAACUGCCCUGAGCCAUUUUGGAAGAGCGGUAUAAAAAUCAAAUAAAUAGAUAGAUAGAUAGAUACUUUGUGUCAGUCAGUCUUUAUUACAGUCAGAAACCAGCAAAACAAAACAAUGAAAGAAAAAGAAAAUAUAUUCGUACAAAAUAAUACAACACAACUCUGACCCAAAUAACCUAAACAGAAGCUACUAACUUACAACAAAUGGGUACUCUAUAAGUCACAAAAGAAUGUUUAUUAUUGUGGUGAUUGGCCAAUGGAAGAUGUCAAUAAAAAUAAUUUAGAUCGAGGCACCUCCUCUUAGAGAAUUUCUAAGGGAGGGGCUUUAGAAUGGAGGGAACUGGUUAUAAAUAGAGAUAGCAGUUAACUGAAAAGAUUAGAUAGGACUGGGAUGAGCCAGAGAAAGGAUCUCCAGAGUGGGACUGAGGGUUCGAGUGGGAGAUUAGGUGCGUCGAUUCUUACAUAAGAGGGAAAACCUCUGUCAGUUAAGUGUGACUAAGAGACAUUUAUGCUGUGUUAUACAGCUGGGGAGGCUGUAUUCCAGCAAAGUGUUAAAAGUUAAUGUAAGCUCAUUAUUCCAUAUCAGUCACCUCAGAAACCUGAAAGGAAAACCUCUAUUAGAGAAAUAAAACAAUAAAACCAAUAAUUAACCCCAAAGUAUAUUAUAACCAAAGGCCUUACAAUUGGUUUACUAUCUGUUCAGAAGUUAAUCUGUUACUUUGUUUCAGCAACCAUUACGCAUGUGGCCCUACCUAGUAGAGUAAAAUCACAGAAGCUUGUUGAAAAGAAAAUAAAGCUUAUUUUGGUUUAGAACUUUA